AUGUCACACUUGGAUGACGACAGCCUCAGCUCGGGUUCCGGCACGCUGCAGGCGCCUGAUGAGGAACAAAGACCGGCGGAAGCGCUUGCUCCACCAGCCGAAGAUGGUUUGGAGUUUGAUGAGUUGGAAGAGGAGGAAGCUGAAGCAGGGGAGGUGCACAUGAUGAGCCCCUCCGCGCACUAUGUGCGAUUAAAGGUGGAGCAGCUUGGGCAGGUGGACAGCUUUCGCGGCAUUAGUAUGUCAGAAACACCUCCCACCACUGCGGAGCAAGCAGAUGCCCAGGCGAAGGUUGAACGCGCCCUGAAACGGCUGUUGGCCUUCGCCAGAUCUCCAGGUGAGCUGGCCACCCUGCUGGCCACCGAGCUCCACAUCACCAAGUUGAAGGCUGGGGAGGCUCUCUGUGUGGUGGGCGAAGCUGCAGACUCCAUGAUGGUCCUCGUGGAUGGCUACGCGCAGAUCUAUGGCAAGGAGAUCGGCCCCAUCGGUGUGUUGGGCCCUGGCGCCUCAUUGGGAGAGGCGGCUCUGCUGGGGCUGCUGCAUGUGAGGACGGCCAGCGUGCAAGCGCUGCAGGACUGUGCUGUGGUAGAGAUUCGACAAGAGGUCCUUGAGCGAAUGAAAUUCCGCCGCGUGAAGGAGUCCUUGUUGCUUUUAGCCUUUGAGCGUUUCCAACAGUCACAGCAGCGCCAGCCUUUGGCAUCGCUAGCCCUUGGUAUUCCGUCCUCGGCCUAUUCCUUGGCUUCCCUGGUGGCGCUGAUGGCAGAGCGGAUGGACCUUCCACCAGGUGAGGCUUGGUGGCCGGCACCUGAUAGCCACCCCUCUGGGCCGCACUUCGGAGUCUUAGUCACGGGCCUGGCCCAUCUGGAGCUGAGCACCGGCCGCUAUAUCUCCAGGAUGAGGGCUGGUAGCUAUGUGCCAGAAGGUUUGUUGGCAGAGCAUGAUGCCAUCCUGAGAGCUGCCUCCAAUUGCUUAGCAUAUCGCAUCCCUCAGUACGACUUCCUCUUGGCUGUGGGUUCUCAUCCGGAGUGUCAAGACUGGUAUGAUCGCUGCAGAGAACAUGAGCAGCUGGUGCGGCAGGCCCUCGCGCAGCGCUUGCGCAACGCCGCAAAAGCGGCUGCCUCCAGCCGUGCAGCGGGGGCCAGCCGAAGCAUGCUGAGCCCCAGUCAAAAUCGAGGACAGCUCUCGAAGGCGACAUCGGUGAGCACCUUAAAGGAUUUACCUACCUUUCCAGUGGAAGAGAGCUGCAUUCGCAAGCAGCGACGCAGGCGUCAGCCCAGCGGCUUCCGCGGCGAUCCUCGCGCCUGGCGCAGCCACGGCCGCCCACAGAGCCGGAGCGACAGCCGUCCGAUGGCCGUGGAAAGCCCUGGGAGUCGCCCAUCUAAGAUGAGAUGCGACUCAGACGGGGCCUUGCCCGUGGUGCAGCCCGGUGGCGCGCGGACGAAUCUGAACCGUUUCACCCACGGCCUUGGGGCUCCAGGAGAUUUGUAUCACUGCACCGUGACCUCGCGGCCCAUCACGCGAUGA